CAUUGUUUCAGAAGAAGGGUAGAAAUGGUAGAUUUGACUCGUUCGAUGUGACAAGAAAGAUCAAACGAUCUAAAGCGCCCUCCAGUCUCAAGAUUUGACUAAGAAUUGGCAUGCCAUGGAUGACAUAUUAGAAAAUACAAUCGUCAAGUAUUUAGCUGCUUCAGUUCUCUUGGCUGCUGCGGUGUUCGUUGUCAAGAAAUAUUUCUUUAAAACUGAGGUACCAGAAGAGGAGCCUCAACCAACUGAAAGGCUAGAACCCAUGAAAAGAAGGGACUUUACACUCCAGCAGUUGAAGGAAUUCGAUGGUAAAACCAAUCCUCGAAUACUGAUAGCAGUUAAUGCUAAAGUGUUUGACGUCACUCGCGGAUCAAACUUUUAUGGACCGGAUGGUCCAUAUGGUGUUUUUGCUGGCAGAGAUGCAAGUCGUGGUCUGGCAACCUUUUCUGUUGACGGAGCAGCCCUAAAAGAUGAAUAUGAUGACCUCAGUGACCUGAACUCUAUGCAGGUGGAUUCACUCAAAGAAUGGGAAAUGCAGUUCACAGAGAAGUAUGACUUAGUAGGGAAGCUUCUUAAACCUGGUGAAAAGGCAAGAAAUUAUGAUCAAGAGUCUGAGACAGAAGAUGAUGAGAGCAAAGCUAGUCAAAAGAAGAAUGAUUGACAUUGUACAUGUUUAAAUGCAAGGUCAGAAAUUACACCAGAACAAACAUUUAAGUUUAAGUGUAGUUGCUUUCACUGAUAGAAACUCAGUGGUCUUGAACUGAUAUGACACUUUGCAAAAAGGCCAUCAUUGCAUGCUUGUGUCUAUAAAAAGAAUUCAAUUAAGACACAUGAAAUCAUACUUUACUGUCUGGAGACACAGAAAUAAAUUAUUUGAAAUUUCAAAUGCUGUUUGAACACUACCAGGCUUUACCAUCUAAAUGCAUCAAACGCACACAUUCAAGUAGAACAGGUCUAGUGUUAAUGUCUGUACCCUGUAACCAUUUGAUCUGUACCUUGCAUAGAACUUGUAGGUAACAUUUGAUGAAUAAGGGGAUUGUUAGUUUAGAGAGUAUGAUAUUGGAUACCCAUGUUUGAUUUCCACUGGGUCCUGCUUCUUCUUUCUGAACAAAAUCAAACUUGAACAGCUAAAGUAUAAAACUGAUGAUGUCAUCUUAUAUAAGUAUAAGUUUUAAAAUUUUACAAAAAUUUGAAGGCAUACAGUUGAGAAAAAGCAGAGCUGUCUAGAAUCAGAUUUCUCCUUUUGUUAUUUCACUUUUUUGACAUGCAGCUGCUAGUUGUACAACACCAAAAUAGGCGGAGGUAGUUUGAUUUCAUAUGAAUUGUUGCUAAUCUUAGUGUCUUUAAAAUCAUAGAACAUUAUACUUGUUAAUGAGAUUUUAUGCUUAGGAAGUUUUAUUCUGGAGGUACUUCCUUUCAUGCAAAUAUAUGUUGAAUCAGAUCAGGAUGCUACACAUAAAUGCUAAGUUUAUCCAUAUAUUUAGUAAUCUUUAUGGUCAAUGGUUUACCUCACAGCAGUUCUUAGUGACAUUGAAAGAUGAGAGGUGACAACCUUUCAAGUUGAUUCAAAUGAGCAGUUAAUUUGAAUGUAGUGCAAGUAUGUAAAAACGCAUUUAUUUUACAUGUACCUAUUUUAACACCUGCUUUAACCUUUUCUUUCAUAAGCUGGUAAAGAUAUUAUAUAAAGAAGGUAUUUGUGUGUAAGAUGUUCCGCUCUUAGUUUAUAGUUGAGGUUUUAAGAUGAUGUUUGUGAUUACCCUAGUA